ACAAAUCUAAUGGGACACUUAAAAGAUCUAUGUUUUUGAGCUGUAGUCACUUUUGGUGACAUUAUCCAGUUCUCACAAUGUAUCAUUCCUUAUCUGAAACUAGACAUCCUCUGCAGCCAGAAGAACAAGAAGUGGGCAUUGACCCCUUGUCAAAUUACUCAAACAAGACUGGAGGAGAUUCAAAUAAAAAUGGAAGAAGAACAAGUUCUACUUUAGAUUCUGAUGGGACUUUUAAUUCCUAUAGGAAAGAAUGGGAAGAACUAUUUGUAAACAACAAUUACUUGGCAACAAUAAGGCAGAAGGGGAUUAAUGGGCAGCUGAGAAGCAGCAGGUUCCGCAGCAUUUGCUGGAAGCUUUUUCUUUGUGUUCUUCCUCAAGAUAAAAGCCAGUGGAUAAGUAGAAUUAAAGAAUUAAGAGCAUGGUAUAGCAACGUUAAAGAGAUACACAUCACAAACCCGAGGAAGGUUGUUGGGCAGCAGGACUUGAUGAUCAAUAAUCCCCUUUCACAGGAUGAAGGGAGUCUUUGGAACAAAUUCUUCCAAGAUAAAGAACUUCGAUCAAUGAUUGAACAAGAUGUCAAAAGAACGUUUCCUGAAAUGCAGUUUUUCCAACAAGAAAACGUGAGAAAAAUUCUUACAGAUGUUCUUUUCUGUUAUGCUAGAGAAAACGAGCAGUUGCUUUAUAAACAGGGUAUGCACGAGCUGUUAGCGCCUAUAAUCUUUACCCUCCACUGUGACCACCAAGCUUUUCUUCAUGCCAGUGAGUCUGCACAACCAAGUGAGGAAAUGAAAAUUCUCUUGAACCCUGAGUAUCUGGAACAUGAUGCCUAUGCAAUGUUCUCACAACUUAUGGAAACUGCUGAACCUUGGUUUUCUACUUUUGAGCAUGAUGGUCAAAAGGGGAAAGAAACACUGAUGACUCCCAUCCCCUUUGCUAGACCACAGGAUUUAGGGCCAACAGUUGCUAUUGUUACUAAAGUCAACCAGAUCCAGGAUCACCUACUGAAGAAGCAUGAUAUUGAGCUUUACAUGCACUUGAACAGACUAGAAAUUGCACCACAGAUAUAUGGGUUACGGUGGGUACGGCUGCUGUUUGGACGAGAGUUCCCCCUGCAGGAUCUUCUGGUUGUCUGGGAUGCCUUGUUUGCAGACGGCCUAAGCCUGAGUUUAGUCGAUUAUAUCUUCAUAGCCAUGUUACUCUACAUCCGAGAUGCUUUGAUCUCUAGUAACUACCAGACCUGUCUUGGCCUUCUGAUGCAUUACCCACUAAUUGGGGAUGUACACUCACUGAUUCUUAAGGCUCUGUUCCUUCGAGAUCCAAAGAGAAAUCCAAGACCAGUGACUUAUCAAUUCCAUCCAAAUUUAGAUUAUUACAAAGCACGGGGAGCAGACCUCAUGAAUAAAAGCCGGACCAAUGCCAAAGGCGCUCCCCUGAAUAUAAAUAAGGUCUCUAACAGCCUGAUUAAUUUUGGAAGAAAGUUGAUUUCUCCAGCAAUGGCCCCAGGCAGCACGGGUGGCCCUGUCCCUGGGGGCAGCAGUGGCAGCUCCUCCACUGCUGUUGUUCCCACCAGGACCUUAGCAGAGGCCCCCAGGCAUCAUUUGCAACAGCAGCAGCAGCAGCAGCAGCAGCAGCAGCAGCAACAGCGGCUGAUGAAAUCGGAAAGCAUGCCAGUGCAAUUGAACAAAGGACAAAGUUCUAAAAACAUCAGUUCAUCUCCAAGCAUUGAGAGUUUGCCUGGAGGAAGGGAAUUCACUGGCUCCCCACCUUCGUCUGCUACUAAAAAGGAUUCCUUUUUUAGCAACAUCUCCCGUUCCCGCUCACACAGCAAAACUAUGGGCAGAAAAGAAUCUGAAGAAGAAUUAGAAGCCCAAAUUUCCUUCCUUCAAGGACAGUUGAAUGACCUGGAUGCCAUGUGCAAAUACUGUGCGAAGGUGAUGGACACUCAUCUUGUGAAUAUUCAAGAUGUGAUAUUACAAGAAAAUUUGGAAAAAGAAGAUCAAAUUCUGGUUUCCCUGGCAGGAUUAAAACAGAUCAAAGACAUUCUGAAAGGUUCCCUGCGUUUCAACCAGAGCCAGCUGGAGGCCGAGGAGAACGAGCAGAUCACCAUCUCAGAUGACCACUACUGCUCCAGUGGCCAGGGCCAAGGCCAGGGCCAGAGUGCUCAAAUGCCUGGGGCCGCCAAGCAGGCCUCUUCAGAAGCGCUGGGGCGCACAGACAGAGGGAUCUCAGACGACUUCAUCCUGGUUUCCAAAGACGACGAGGGGGGCAGCACCAGGGCGUCCUUCGCGGGCCAAGCCCAGCCUCUUCGCACCCUCAGAAGCACAUCUGGGAAAAGCGAGGCCCCGACCCGCUACCCUCUGGUGUUCUCCGACCCGCUGAUGGGCCCACCCUCAGCUUCCUCCAGCAAUCCUAGCUCCAGCCCCGAUGACGACAGCAGCAACAACAGUAAGGACUCUGGCUUCACUAUUGUGAGCCCCCUGGACAUCUGACCACAGUGCCCCAGGUCUGCCUCAUGGGGACCCGGCCGCCCGCCUCAGCAGCCCCAGGGCCAGGCUGAGGCUCCCCCAGUGGAGGCCCCUCUGGAACCAACACUUCUUUCUCAGCACGCAUGUGGCAUUGGUGCAGCCCACUGGAACCCUUGAGAGGGAAGCAGAUCAGGCCCCAAAGCACACAGACUGAUGUUCACCAAAAUGCAGGGGGCGCUUCAUGGGCCCAACCCCACCCCACCCACCCUUACCCAAGCUAGAGCUGGGUUAAGUACUGUGUCACCAUCACUAUCAAGAAAGACCAAACCACGAGUAAAAUCACUCUUCCUCUGUGCUCUCCUCCCCAACUAGACAGGUGUGGCAACUCCAUCAGUUAUAUCUAGAAGAAGGAAGAAGAGUUGGUUUCAAAUCUUCCCUCCCUCAGAGCAUCAGGCAUAGGAAAAUUGAUAUCAAGAAAACUUUCUCUCUGGAAAUCUCUAUCUCAGCCUAUUUCAUUCCUCCCUUGGGAAGCCAUACAGCAGAGCCAAAUGCAACAGAAUGGACUAGAACUAGUGGAUUCCAGUGCUGG